GGCAAACCCUGGAUCCCGCCCAUCUGGUUGACCAAUCCACUAAUUAUAACGUUUCCGUUGAGGCGCUAUAUAACGUUUCCCAUAUUCUACCACGUUUCCGGGUCAGGAGGGCAUGAAACCCGGCGAAGCUCGCCCAUGUCUGCGGUGAGUCGCCACUCACGUUUUCUUGGCAACACUCAUGCGACCAGACAUGACGUCUUGUCUUGUCAGGCCUCCGAAUUGGCAUUUAUGGAAGCUUUCGGCACCUUCAAUCUCGCUUGAUGGGCCUUGCUUGCUGUUAGUUUCAAAUCCCGUAUUUAAUUAAGGUGUUAGGAGCUCAACUGCCCGAACUCAGCAAACCCAGGGAAAGGCAGCCAUGAUCCGACGGCGGACCGCAAUCUGCCCUGUCGUUGCCUCCCUCGUGAGCAUCUGCAUAGCGGUUAUCCUCCUUGCGUCUGGGACUGCACCAGGGAACGGCAAGGAUAACUACUGGUUGUCGGUGAACACCUCCCGAGUUGGUCAUCAAAUUGUCCAGUUGACCCCAGGGUCAAACACAGGCACAAUCGAGGGUAUUUUCGAAGACGAUACAUCCAGGUCUCUAGUCAACAUCACAGCAGCCGUCGACGACGGGGUCCAAGAUAUCCAGGGACAAGUCGUCAGCAACCUGGUCCAAAAAUUGGGAGUGAAGGACACGUACAAGUUGUACCUGACCAAGGCAUGCGAGGGUGACUACGAGAAUCCGGAUGACCCACACAGCGGUUCCGCCAUGAAGCGGUGCGUCGACUACGAGGACAGGAAGCAUGGACUUCGAAACAUCUCCAGCUCGAUGCCGAGCUACUUCAUCCUCGGGAACACCAACAUCUCGGUGCCUCUCGUGGUAGCAAUGGGCUCGACAGUCGAAUCACUCUUAUCACUCGCCACACAAGGGGCGCACGCCAUGCUCGUCCUGAUUAUCAUCGGCACGGCCAGCGUGGGCAUCGCCCUGUUCGGCUCCGUCGUCACGGCGGUUCAAGGCUUUCGCUGUCCCGUCGUCUGGAUCAACAUGUGCUUCGCAAUCCUGGGCGCAACCGCGCUGCUGAUAUUCGCAGCCACGGCCACGGCCAUCGUUGUGGGCGGUGCAUCGGCCGUUGACAGGAUGGGCACGGCAUGGGAUAUAAAGACGGCCAGAGGGGGCCCGUUUCUCACCAUGGCUUGGAUUUCUGCUUGUUUUUCUUUGGUCGGCAGCAGUUACUGGUUUGCUGUGUGGUUUGUAGAGUUUCGAGGGAUGGCCCUCAUAAGGAAAGCCAGGAACGUGGACGAGAUUGGCAACUGGAAAGGCAUUUUGAGUGAACUAGGUCGAGAUAUGCGGGUCCACGUUGAGAAGACAGAGGGGAGCACGGGUUCAAUACACGGAUCUCAAUGAAGGCCGAGGAAAACAUCAAUAGUUCAAAAUCAUGCUACCUCUGGUUUA